AUGAAGAUACCGGAUAAUGUUCCCAGUCCCUUUAAAAAACAUUUCUUUUACAAGCCUCAUAUUAAAAAGGAAACGCCUAAAUCACGUCCCAAGGAAAGAAUACCCACUAUUGUUUCAGGAAAAAGUUAUCAGGAAUAUUUAAAGAAGAAAUUAAAGCAAAAAGAAGAUCUUGAACAUAUAAAAGUAGAAAAAGCUGCUGAAAAGCUUAAAAAGAAGAAAGAAAAAGAGUCAUCAAAGAGAAUCAAGACUCUCACAAAAUUAGAAUCAACAAAAAUAAAGCAGCUAUUAAAAAUUAAUGACGGUUUAAAUUUCUUUUACAAUUUAUUAUCUCAUGAUGUAGAAGCCUAUAGAGAAAAUUUUCUUAAAGAUGUUACCCAUUUAUAUGUAUGCUGGGAAUGUAAAGCAGUAAUUGUAAAACAAGUAAAUUUUAAACAACAAGUAUGCACAGCCCAGAAGAGAUUGAUAUUCAAUGGUGGAAAAAUAAGUAUAAGAUCUUUAGGGAGGUGCCUAUCAAAGUUGUCAACAUAUUAUGAUAAACCAAAUUCUCACACAACCAACAUUGAUAUGGAAAGACUAGCCGUUUUGCAUUCGUCAGGUUUAGAUAAAAGUGAUCAGUCUGUGUAUGCUUCAGAAAAUUGGAUGAAACGAGAACUCAAAUUAAAUCAUAAGGAUGUAAAAAUGGAGUUUCAUCCAGAAAAGACCAUAGAGUGUGAAGAGAGAACGGAGUUCUACACAAUAUUAAAAUCUUCUGUAAAUGAAAUACAGAUGCACAAGGCAGAAAAGAGAUUGUCAUCACAUUUUAGAAAAACUUCAAUACAUUGUGAAUUCUGUGUCCAAAUAUUUAAAGAUAAUAAAUCUUUAAGACGCCACAAUGAAACAACUCAUACUGAAGUAUCCAAUUAUCCCCAUCACCCCCUGCAAACAAAAAGACGAAAUUAUAGUUAUUGUAAUGAAUGUGGUAAUUACGUAAAAAGUAGCCAAUUCGAUGUACAUAAACUUGAUCACAUUCGAUAUUAUAGAUGUAACUUGUGUAAAGAAGUCAUAUUUCUAAGAAAAAUUCUUAAACAACAUCUUUUAGUUAUGCAUAAGAAAAAACCUCCCAAUUUAUGGAUACGAAAAACGCCAUUAAUUAAAAACCCAGGUUCAAAACCGCGGAUGAACCAAGCUUUGAGAGACGCAGCGACGCCUCGCGGGUAUGCCUGUCCUGAAUGCGAUUUAUUCUUUCAAAACAAGAAAGUAAGAUACAAACAUAUACAAAGUUGUCAUCGCGCCGGUUUCAAAUGCAACGAAUGCGAUAAAAUAUUCCGCUUCAAAACUAGUUUAAAGAAACAUCAACUAAUCCAUUCUGGCUUAGUAAAACGGGAGCAGUGCACCAAAUGCGGUAAAGUUAUUCGCGCGGAGUGUAUGAAUGUACACAAUCAAACACACGCUCACAGCUCACUUAGAUUCGAGUGUGUGCCUUGCGACAAGCGAUUCUCAUCGAGAGCAUCUUAUGAGCACCAUUUUAAGUAUACGAAAGCACACGCGACACGCGAUAUAUAUAAGUACAAAUGCGACUAUUGUGGGAAAGGGUAUCGUGCUAAGAGCGAAUUGAAAGACCAUAUAAACUUUGUACACAUGGGCAAAACUCAACACUACUGUUCAAUAUGUAAAAAGCCUGUAGCAUCAAAGCGUAUAUUGAAACGUCACAUACGAUUAAUGCACGGCUCAAAGGAAGUGGAUAAUGUUAAAUGUCAGAUAUGUCAAGUCUGUGGGAAAGGAUUUCGGACGAAACGGUCACUCCGUGAACAUAUCAUGACUCACACCGGCGAACGACCUCUCUCAUGUGAGAUAUGUGGCAACACUUUUCGACAUCAUGCCUCUCUAUACACUCACAAAAAGAGGGUACAUAAUGUUUUUUCUAAGAAAAACAAAGUUAUUAUUGUGAAAGAAGACUGA